GUCAACCCAAAAUGGGCACAGUCUCACCGCAGAAGAGUGAAAGAGGAUCCUGGCAGGGAGACGGUAGUGUCCUGCAGAAUGGUGAUGGGCCAAUCUUACAAGAGACCACAGAAAACUGAUAUAGUGAACUAUAGAAACAACAGUGCCUGCUGCAGUAUAAUGAGGACACCCUGAGCAGAGAGCUCCAAUAGACCCAGGUCCAGUGUCUUGGCAGGGUGAAAUGGCACUGAUAUGGUGUCCUGCAGGAUGCUGUGUCCUGCAAUCCUGUGUGCUGUGCUACAGACGCGUGUGGAGGUCAACCCAAAAUGGGCACAGUCUCACCACAGAAGAGUGAAAGAGGCUUUAAAACUUAAGGCCACCGCUAUGGAGGGAGCGGCUGCAACCGCCACCAGCGCAGCAGCUGCCCAACAAGCUCGACCCUCCGAUUCCUCCACCUCCAGCUCCUCCACCUCCUCUUCAAGUGACUCGGAGCCAGAGAGGAAGAGAAAGAAGAGGAACAAGAGAGACAGGAAAAAGAGAGAGAAGAAGAGGAUGGAGAAGAAGCAGAAGAAGAAGAGGAAGAAGGACACAAGCACAGACAGACAGAAGGAGAGAACUUGCGAACACUUGCACCCUAUUGCGGAGCUCGCCUUCAGGUGGGCACAUGCAGAAAAUUGAACAGCUUAAUGAUUAACAACGAUUUUUAGAACCUGAACAAGGACUGCCUGCUUACCUUUUUUUUUUUCAUCUUUUUGAAA